AGGAAUAGCUUUUAAUUUUUAGGACUCCACGCCCAACACAACCAUCCAUCUUCACCACUGCUCCAUCCAUCCACCCAUAAAUAAAUUGAAUUGAAACACAAACCAUAAUUAAAUUGAUCUUAUGCUUCUUCUGAGUGGCGUUGCUCUUAAAAAUCCACAUAUUUUUGUUGGGCAAUGGCGUUGCGCGCAAAAGUUCUACAGAAGAAGGCAGAAAAGUUUGAACUUAAGAAAUUGCAGGCUAUUAAAGUAACUAAGGAAGGAGUAUCUUCCCUUGACACCCUGCUUCAAGAUGUUUAUGUCAAUCGGCGCCCAAAGCAAACUGAUUAUGAAGCUCGAAAAGAUUUAAUUCGCGUCUUCAAUGAGAUAGCAAAGGAACUUUAUGGCACCUCAAAGGAUAUUCCCAUAGUAGUGGAAUUUGGUUCUUUUGUAAUGGAUCUUUUCAGCACUGCAAGUGAUCUGGACCUCUCGGUAAAUUUUAACACCGGUGGAGUUGAUUUUCCACGUGAAAAGAAGAUCCAGACUUUGAGAAAGUUUGCAAGAAAGCUGUACGCUAUACAGAGUAUGGGGCAUGUUUCCGGUGUCCUUCCUAUCACUACUGCAAAGGUACCCAUUCUGAAAUGUGUUGACUGUGGAACUGGAGUUGAGUGUGAUAUAUCAGUCGAAAAUAGAGAUGGGAUUUCAAAAUCAAAGAUUAUUUGGAUGAUCUCAUCCAUUGAUGAAAGGUUUAAAAAGCUUAGCUUUUUGAUGAAGAAUUGGGCUAAAGCAUACAACAUCAACAGUUCAAAAGAUAAAACCCUUAAUUCUCUCUCCAUAAUUCUCUUGGUCGCAUUUCAUUUACAGACUCGGACUCCUCCUAUACUUCCUCCAUUUUCUGCCAUCUUCAAAGAUGGCACUGAUCCCGCAACGGUUGAAAAAUCAAUUCCUAAUUUUUUAAAUUAUGGGAAAAGAAAUAAGGAAUCUUUGGCUGAGCUCUUCAUCACUCUACUUCUCAAGUUAUCUUCUGUUGAAAUACUUUGGGCGAAAGGUCUCUGUGCAAGCACAUGCACUGCUUCUUGGACAUCCAAAACUUGGAAUUCUAAAGUUUCCUGUAUCAGUGUAGAGGAUUUUACUGAUAUAUCCCAGAAUGUGGCUCGGGCUGUUGGACCUGGAGAAGUGAAACAGAUCUAUAAAUGUAUAGAGAUAUCUAUUCAACAUCUCACCUCCUUCAUGGGGGGUCAGAUUGGACUACAACUCAAGGAUCUUCUGUUUGGGGUUGAUGGCAUCCCUUUCUCAAUUCCUAGAGGUAUUGCGAAUUUCAAUAUGACUACACAAUUCCCUCAUGUCCAAUCUCAUGGAAAAAGAAUAGUAACUGGGAAACGAGAGAAAAAAUCAUUGCGUCCUUUCAAUAAGAAUAGUACAGCCCACAUGAAAAGACAGUCAGGGAAGGGGAAGCAAGUAGAGCAAGCUGUGCUGGUUGAGACUUCGUUGGCAAAGAGGAUGCGGACAGAUGAAGGCUGGGCAGAUGGAAAUGCUGCAGUGGGAUAUGAAGCUAGAGGUGGUGGGGGUUGGGGAGUUUCUGAACAGAACAGAUGGGGAGGCUGGGGAAGAGGAAAUCAGCAACAGCAAAGCAGUUGGGGAUGGGGAGCCGUUCAGCAGGGCGGUGGUUGGGGAGAAGGAAAUCAGCAAAGCAGCGGGGGUUGGGAUAAGGGAGCAAUGCAGCAAGGCAGUGGUUGGGGAGAAGGAGAUCAGCAUGGAAGUCAGGGUUGGGAGGGUGGAAUACGGCAGGGCGGUGGUUGGGGAGAUGGAAACUACGUGGGUCGGGGUUGGGGUGGUGGAGGUUGGGAAAGAAGUGAGCAGGGAAAUGUUGGAGGUUGGGGUUGGGGUUAUCAGCAUGGCUCAAACCUAUGUUGAUAGGCUGCUGCAUCCAUGUAAGAAAACUUGAGGAUAAUAAAGUUUUUUUUUCCAUUGUUUUCUA